CGCACGGUCUGCCUCUCCUGCGCUUUCGGCUUUGCACAUCACUACAGAUCUACACGUGCCGCGGUCGAGCAUCCGUACAGUUCAUCGGGCAAUCAAUCCUGCACCGGGAAGAGGAAGAGGAGGAGGAGGAGGAGGAGGAGGAGGAGGAGGAGUUCGAGUUCGUCGCCGAACGUCAAUCAAGUUGGAAAUUUCGUAUCUGUCUGGGCCACUGACCUCGGAAUCGUUGACGGCAGUGCUUUUAGUCCUGUUCAUGGGUGGGUACAGAUUUGCCGCAGUGCAUUCCAUCGCAUUCAACACGUCUUCGUUCUACGGGGGACCCAAUUGGAUAACGUACAAACAGUACUAGAGGGGAGAAGAAAGGAAAAAUAGAGGAAGACUAUCAUAGGAUGAUGCUACGUCUGUGGCAGCAUUACAUGAGGCCUGAACAAUCCAUUUGAGCUUGUUGGAGGAGGGCUCUGCUGCUGAUAGCUCCAACGUUUCUUGAACGUCCUGACAGCACCGCACGUCUAACUGUUGCAGAAAUUCGAAACGGAACGGCGGAGCAAUCUGUCAGCCGAUCCUCCCCGGGAGGGAAUUGCUUCAUUGCCAGCUCGAUCGGUUGAUUGAUCGAUCAAUUCGUUGAUUCCCCUGUUGUCGAUCUGUGUUUGUGUGUGUGUGUGUGAGAUAGAUAGAUAGAUAGAUAGAUAGAUAGAGAGAGAGAGAGAGAGAGAGAGAGAGAGAGAGAGAGAGAGAGAGAGAGAGAGAGAGAGAGAGGUUCGCGCGGAAGGUUGCGAUUUGAACGGGGAGAGAGGGGUGGUGUGUGGUUUGGUGAUGGAGGCUACAGAGUGCGGCGGCCGCAGUCCUUCGCUUGUGAACUGCGGCGACGGCAGGGUGUGCGAGGUCGGGCAGAUUGUGAAUGGGCUGGAUAACUUUUUGUUCGACUGCGACGGCGUGCUUUGGCAUGGGGAGAAGGUGCUGGACGGAAUCAUAGAGACGUUGUCCUUCUUAAGAUCGCAAGGGAAAAGGUUAUUUUUCGUUACAAACAACGCCACCAAGAGUCGUAAGGAUUAUUUGAAGAAGUUCCAGAGGCUCGGGAUCUACGCACUGCCGGAGGAGAUCUACACCGCCGGAUACGCCGCAGCUGCUUAUUUGAAAUCCUUGGGGUUCAAGAAAACCGCAUUUGUAAUAGGAGCCUCAGGACUGGAGGAAGAGCUAACUUUGGCGGGAAUCAAGUGGAUCGGCGGGACUGAGUACCCGAUCGCUGGUCCCGCGUUGGAGGACGUCGCGUCGUCUAUUAAUUGUGACCCGGAGGUCGGAGCGGUGAUCGUGUCCCUUGAUUGGCGAUGCACGUACGAAAAGAUUGCGCAGGCGGCCUCCUUUUUGCGUCGGGACAAGAACUGCGUCUUCGUUGGGACGAAUCCGGAUCCGAAGCUGAAUACUGCAAGCGGGGUGGUGCUCCCGGGGGCGGGAAGCCUCCUUGCGGCGGUGGAAACCACCACGGGGAGGAAGGCCUCGGUGGUCGGCAAACCGGAGCCGCUGAUGCUCGAUCUGAUGGUGGCUGAGCAUCGGCUCGAUCGACGGCGCACGGGAAUGGUUGGCGAUGCCCUCACCACGGACAUCCCCUUUGGGAAGAGAGGUGGUCUAACUUCUAUCCUGGUGAUGAGCGGGGUGACUACCAGGGCCGACUUCGAAGCGCAUAGAGCAAGUAAGGAAAGCGGUGUUCACCCUGACUUUGUACUGGAGAGCGCGGCAGAUAUCUUGCGGGCGCGCACACUGGCGUCGAGAGCGGCUGUUGUCGAAACCGAUCACAGGCAUCAUACUAACUAGAGUGUGGAGGACCGACUGUGCCAACAACUGAAUGGAUCUUCAGUCUUCUUGAAUAAAGUCGCAGAGAUGCGUUUUUCCAGAAAGUUUCUGCUGGGAAAUUGCGCGAGGAGCAAGCGCACAGAAAGGGCGCGUUCUGCAGCCCAAUUUUGCUGUGUGGCGCUAGUUUCGAGAGUUCUGUUGCUGAUUACAAGACCGAAUUCGGUAGUGAAUACGGUCGCGUGCAUACGUUCUGGAAAGCUUCUGGUGUGAAUUUGCGCGAAGAGGUCAACCACAGAAAGAAAGCCCACGUUCUGCAGCCCGAUUCUGGUUUGUCGCGCAGCGCGCACGCUAGCUUCGAGAGAUCUGGUGUUUCGUCUAGAAGACUGGACUCAGAGUCGAAUACAGUCACGUACAUACGUUUUGGAGAGUCGGUGGUUCCGGUGUGAGUUUGCGCGGAGAGCAAGCUCACAUGAAUGAAGCACACGUUCAGCAGCAGCCCAAUUUUGGCGUGUCGCGCAUCGCACGCGAGUUUCGAGAGACCUGUUGUUGUUGAUUAGAACACUGAAUUCAGUCGUGAAUACAGUCACGGACGUUUGUUCUUGAGAGUUUCUGCCGUGGAUUUGCGCGAACAGCAAGCACAGAAAGCGCUCGUUCUGCGGCCCGAUUUUGGUGUGUCGCGCACCGCACGCUAGUCUCGAGAGAUCUGUUGUUGUUGUUUACAAGACUGAAUUUCAGUCGUGAAUAUACACGGUCACGUACAUGCGCGUUCUGGAAAGUUUCUGGUGUGAGUUUGCGCGAAGAGCAACACAGAAAGCGAGUGUUAUGCAGCCCGAUUUGGGGCGUCGCCGCACGGCAAACCAAUCGAAAAACGAAGCGAGUGCAUCUUCCCGCAGAAAAUGGCCAGGUUCAUCGGUUUGCUAUAAAUAGUAACGUGUAUGUUGCUACCUUUCGUGGGCAGAUGCAAUCGUUUCGUUUUCGUGUCGUCCACCGUGCGGCGAGGCUCUUGGUGUGUCGCGUACGUACGUUCCGGAAAGUUUCUGGUCGGAGUUUGCGGCGAGCAAGCACAGAGAGCGAGCGCGCGUUCUGCAGCCCGACUCUGGUGUCGCACCUCGCGCGCGAGUUUCGGGAUAUCUGUUGUUGUUAGAAAGAACUUAGCCGUUAAUACAGUCACGUACGUACGUACGUUCCGGAAAGUUUCUGGUGUGAAGUUUCGUAGAGAGCAAGCACAGGGCGCGCGUUUUGCAACCCGAUUUCGGUGUCGCGCAUCGCACUUGUUGCGAGAGAUCUCUUGUUGUUGGACGACCGAAUUCAGUCGUGAAUACAGUCACGUACAUACGUUCUGGAAAGUUGCUAGUGUGAAGUUGCCGCUCUAGAGAGACAGAACGUUGGUACUUGUCAGCUGCCUACCCUCUCAGUGUUAUUCGUAUUUAUGUCCCCUUCCGUCUGGAGAUAACACAAGUGGGUGGAGUAUAUUCUCUUCCGUCUGGAGAUAAUAGAAGUGGGAAGAAAGAGGGCGGCACGAGAGCUUUGUUCUCGUAUUGCGGAGCCGGGUGUGGGGUAGGCGAGGGGGCGGGGGUCCACUAGAUGAAUGCUUCUUUUGCGCGCUGCAGGUAGGAAAAAAGAAGUGCCGUAGUUAUAUGUCCACACAACGAGGCAGAGGCAGCAGUGCUUUAUUUCUUUUUGCCAUUAUGUAAUUGCUUUGACAGGUGUGGGACCAGUUCCGUCUUCAGGUGUGGGGCCAGUAGUUCCGUCUGCAGUGUGCGGCGGGAGUUCUGUCUGCAGGUGUGGGAUCAGUUCCGUCUGCAGGCGUGGGACCAGUUCCGUUUGGGUGAGGAGUUGUUUAGCCUCGUGGUUCUGUCUCAUUGGUACUUGCUUGGUUGGCAUUUAGGCUCUGCCUCAUUGGUACUUGCAGGAGUUCAUUAAUUGCAUUACGAAAUACAAUAGCAUUUGCUUUUGUGCUAUCGUACCAUAGGCUAUGGUAGCUGAUCUCCUAUGGUAGUUAUAGCGUGACUACAGCAAUGAAGUGAGCAUAGGCUA